AGGAGGUUGCGCGGCGCCCGCCAUGGCGGCGGCGGGGUGAGCCGGGCCGGGCGGCCGCAGUCGCGCGGGCGCGGGCGCUCCUCCGCCGCGGACAGGCCGCCGGGCCGGGCGAGGGGAGCCGGGCCGCCCAUGGCGAGGCCGCGCCGCCGCCGCCGCUGCUGACCCGGGGCCGCGCCGGGGCCGGGGCGCCAGCCAUGGGGAACACCGCCUCGUGCUGCGUGUCGUCCAGCCCCAAGCUCCGCAGGAAUGCCCACUCGCGGCUGGAGUCCUGCCGGCCCGACGCCGACCUGAGCCGCGAGGACACGGGCUGCAACCUGCAGCACAUCAGCGACCGGGAGAACAUCGACGAUUUGAACAUGGAAUUCAAUCCCUCAGACCAUCCUCGGGCCAGCACGAUAUUCCUCAGUAAAUCUCAAACAGACGUGAGAGAAAAGCGCAAGAGUCUCUUCAUUAACCAUCAUCCUCCAGGACAAAUAGCGAGGAAAUACAGCUCCUGCUCGACUAUUUUCCUAGAUGAUAGCACAGUCAGUCAACCAAACCUCAAGUAUACAAUUAAAUGUGUAGCUCUCGCAAUAUAUUACCACAUCAAAAACAGGGACCCAGAUGGAAGGAUGCUCUUGGAUAUUUUCGAUGAAAACCUUCACCCUCUUUCGAAAUCCGAAGUGCCACCAGAUUAUGACAAACACAACCCAGAGCAGAAGCAGAUUUACCGGUUUGUUCGGACACUGUUCAGUGCUGCUCAGCUGACUGCAGAAUGUGCCAUCGUCACCCUGGUGUACCUCGAACGGCUUCUCACAUACGCAGAGAUUGACAUCUGUCCAGCCAACUGGAAGCGGAUUGUUCUGGGGGCCAUCCUGCUGGCCUCCAAGGUGUGGGACGACCAGGCGGUGUGGAACGUGGACUACUGCCAGAUCCUGAAGGACAUCACGGUGGAGGAUAUGAACGAGCUAGAGCGACAGUUCCUUGAAUUGCUCCAGUUCAACAUCAACGUUCCUUCCAGUGUUUAUGCCAAGUAUUAUUUUGAUCUUCGUUCUCUGGCGGAAGCCAACAACCUGAGCUUCCCCUUGGAGCCGCUGAGCAGGGAGAGGGCCCACAAGCUGGAGGCCAUCUCCCGCCUCUGCGAGGAUAAGUACAAGGACCUGAGAAGACCCACGAGGAAGCGGUCAGCAAGUGCUGACAAUCUGACUCUGCCCCGGUGGUCCCCGGCCAUCAUCUCCUAACUGUGGGCGUCCCUGCCGGAGGCCGUGCCAUCCCUGUUUCUCCUUUAGUUCGAGAAAAGACAGACGUGGGGUGGUUUUGUUUUUGUUUCCCCUCUCCUUUUCUUUUUAAUUCAUAGCUCUGCCAGGCUGCCUUGAUGAGCGCCUCCAGGCUGCGCGCACGCGCAGCGGGGCUCCGAGGACGCGGAGUCGGUGCCAUGGAAUCCCGUCCACGCCUUCCCAGCCCCGGGUCAGCGCUUCCUUCGUGGAGGAAAAAGACUCUAACCCUGGAGGAGGCAGGGAAGGGACGGGAAGUCACAUAGAGGCAGGGAGAUCGGCUUGGCCUGCUCCCUAUGUCCCCGUCGGUCAGUAGCCGAACCACCCUGAUAGGAGAGCCCGGCCUAGGUGACAAAGUUGGAUGCGCAUUAAAGGCGCGCGCCGUGUUCACCACCCCACCCGGAUCAGUAUGUCCCGUUAAGACUUCUUGCAUUCCUUCUUGCUGCUUCUCGGGGAUCUGGGGGGGAUUUUUGUUUGUUUUAUUGUUUUGGUUUUGGUCCCACAGAGCAGAGAAUAUAGUUUGUACCCACCAUGGCACAGACAUCCAAAUAAAUAGCACUGGCUGUUUCUCUGCACCACUCCUGCGAGCUGUCUUCUGAGCUUUCUUGCUCUCCAGGGGGGCACUUGUCCCGUGUCUGCGCACCUUUAUCCUAGCCGGUUUUCUCCACAGUGGCGGAUCAGCUUGACUGUAGUGCUGAACCAGACGACUCCCUUCCCCCAGCUCCUCCCCCACGAACAUUCUAGAUCACAUGGGUGCUUGUGCCUUCUGAUCCUGCGGUGGUCUGUCUCUCUGCCUGCCCCAAGGGGCAGCCCCUUCCUCGCCCUGCCCACCCCACUCCUCUACUUCCACGUCCAUUGUGCAAGCAAUAUUCCUCUCAACUUUUAUAUGUUUACUUCAAAUCAAAGUUAGUCUAUUUGUAUAAAAAUUUUUUAAAAAUCUAAAAUUAAAAAAAAAAGGGGUGGGGGUGGGUAUUCACAUGGAAGAUCACUGAAGGGCAAAAUGUUCCUAUUUACUGAGGUAUUUUUCACAGAAUGAUUGAAUAAAAAACUCAACUUGCAUUUUCAUUGUGGGUGCUUAGUGAAGUUAUAUGAAACUAAAACUGUGAAGGUUUAUAUGUCAUUAAUUAUGACUGUCCUUUUUCAUUUCUGACUGUUCUUCAUUUCCUUAUGGGCUAGAUGGAAAGCUCUUAUAGCAAGGAAAAUUAAAGGGUUAAUGACAGAACCUCACAGUUAAGUCUAAGAAUCUGGGUUAGUGAAGUAUACAGUGCUUUGGGGGUUGCACAUUUUCUCGGGUCACAAUGACAGAGGUUUCUAAGUUUUUCCUUCAUCAGGUCUUUGAGGCAAAUGGCAGUAGAUAAAUCAUGUGUUUUACCACCCUCCUGUGUGAGCUUGGAAAACUCUGGAAUCUUUUGUUAUUUGUCUUAUGCCCUGAACUCAUACACCUGCUCCCCAGACAUGCCUGCCCCUGAGGAGACAUGCUUUGUUAGUGGGAGGGACUCAGAAACAGCCAAGCAGCCCAAGAACACGAAGCCCAGUGCUCAUCAGACGGCCCUGAAGUUCGUAGCAUGUGUAAACCCAGCUGUGUGGGCCAAAAAUACUGUCAGAUUCUUUCUGGCUUAAACUUUCAAAAGCAAACAAGCGGAAUAUGAAAAGUUAAUUACCUUUCCAUUGUAACUGUAUCAGUAUAUUCCAUAUGGGUUCCAAAAUCAGCUGCUCUCUUCAAGUAAGAUUUGGAUUUAGAACAUGAAAUAGAGACCCCCCCAAAAAAUGUAGAAAAUACCAUUUUAUAUUCCCUAAACUAUAUAGCUUAAAAAGGGACAUAUUUUCUUAGCUGACUAUGAAUACCUCUCAAAUAAAUUAGUUCCUCCCAUGUAUCUUACUUUACCGAUCCAUUUCAGGAAAGAGGUUUUGCUGCCUUUCAAGCAGACAUCUUAUUUUUAUCCCUUUUAUUUGAAUGAGAGAUUUGAAAAUUGAAUUAUGUAAAUAUUUCAAUGCAUCUGCUAUUAUUUUGUGGAGUUUAUUAAACUACUUUAAAAAAUUGUAUAGUCUAUUUAUUGUAUGUAUGUACAUACAGUCUGCUAACUAAAAGUUUAAAGUGGAUUCCGUAAAACCUGACUCAGUCUUGUUUAGACUAUUGAAUAUUGUUUUAGCCUUGUGCACUGGAUUCUACCUCUGUAUAGGAAAAUUUUCCAUAUUCCUGAGCAUUGAUCUGUAUUAAUUGGUUAUGUUUCUUGCACUAAGGAUUUUUAAAACUCUGCUGUAAGUGUAGAUUUCAAUUUUACUUUUGCAGAAUGGAUCCCUUGACAUGAAGGUAAUUUAGGUUGAGUUUAUUUUUCUACAUGAUGAAGACUUAAACAUUACGUUCUCUGGUUUGUUCUAAGUUUGCAAAAAAAAAAAAAAGGCCCGACAACACCCAGUACAGUACCUAUUGAUAAAUCAUCGUGAUGUAAUUUGUUUGCAAGGUGGUUCAUGCCCUACAAUUAAAGCCGGAUUGCUAUUUA